AUGGUUCUCAGCACAAUGCAUGCCUUGACCCAACGGAUGGCUUUCGACCUAAACCUCUUUGGCAACGGCGCUGUGCUUGGUUGUGACUUCACAGGCAAAGUCGAGCGUCUUGGUAAAGAAGUUUCCAAGAUAGCAGAAGGCGAUACGAUUGCCGGCCUUCUUUGGGGUGGUGAAGUUAAAGGUCUAGGAGCGUUUAGUGAAUACACGAAGGCCCAUGAAAGUAUCUGCUUUCGAGUGCCCAAGAACAUUUCACUCCGAGAGGCUGCUACUGUACCGCUAGCGUCUAUAACGGCUUGGCUUGCCUUCUUUUCGAAAGAUUGUCUUGAUAUUGACCGUACUAAAUCGGACACUGUUGUCUUGAUUUGGGGCGGAAGCUUCCUUGUCAGGUCACUUGGGGCAACCCAUGUAUUCGAUUAUAACGAUUCUGAUGUGGUGAAAUCGAUCAAGGAUACCGCCCCUGGUUUGCAAUAUGUGUUCGACGCCAUUGGCAACAAAAUGUCUUCCACCACUGCAUCUCAAGCCAUUGAUGAGAAUGGUGGCACCCUCACUACUGUCAGGCCUGAUAAGAGCUUCACUGAAAAUGUGACGAAGCAGACCAAAGUCACACCCGUGCUUGUUUGGACCGCUUUCAACAGAGUUAUCCAGUACAAGAAGGCUCAGUUUCCUGCAAGCGAAGACGAUCACAAACUCCGUGCCGAAUUCAAUGAGAAACUCCCUGUGUGGAUUGAGGAGGGCAAGAUCAAGCCUAACAAACCAAAAGUUAUCCCUGGUGGGUUGGACGCUGUUGUGCAAGGGUUUCAGGAGUAUCGGGAUGACAAGAUUUCUGGUUACAAGCUCGUGUAUGAACUCUGA